UUAACAUUCUAUAUUAUUUUAGUAAAAAUGCCUCGAAAUUAAAAAAGUAACAUAUUGAAUAACCUUAUUUAAUCAAUAUGAUUAGAGGACAGAACAAAGUACUGCAAGCAUUUCUUGGUACUUUAAUGACAUGGGGAUUGACAGCAGCGGGAUCUUCUUUAGUUUUUUUUUUUGGAACUCGAAAUUUUAAAGGAAAAAGAAAAAUUCUUGAUGGUAGCUUGGGUUUUGCAGCAGGAGUUAUGACUGCUGCGUCAUAUUGGUCACUCCUAGCACCUGCAAUUGAGAUGGCAGUUAAAUCAGGAUAUUAUGGUUCUGAAGGCCAGUAUGCAUUUGGACCAGUUGCUUUGGGUUUCCUUCUUGGUGGUGUAUUUGUUUUGCUGUCUGACAUGUGUUUGCCACAUUUUAGUAAAAAAGAUCCAGCUAUUGCACUUGCCAUUCACUCUCGUAAUAAUGAAAGUGAGGUUUCAGACCAAAAUUUUUCUUCUGCGUCAGCAGUCGACAUCAAUGACAGUGUUGACAAAGAAAAAACAAUUUCUGAUAUAGAUAAUAAUCAACCUUCAUCAGAGAGUAUUAUAGAAAAUUCAGAUAAUGACCAAAAUCUUGUUUUAAAAGAUUCUGUUAAAUUACGGUUUAGAAAUAUCAAAGAUUCCAAAUCACAACAUCAACCACAGGUUGUUCUUGAAUAUAAAAUUGAAAGAAAAAAUAAACUUGAUGAAGAGCGGGAAAAAGCAGAAGCAAAAUUUAAAAGUUGGACACGAAUUUUGCUAUUGUGCAUCGCCAUCACUAUUCACAACAUUCCAGAGGGAUUGGCAGUUGGAGUGGCAUUUGGAGCUAUUGGUACUUCUGAUUCUGCUACAUUUGAUUCUGCAAGAAAUCUGGCUAUUGGUAUCGGAAUACAAAAUUUUCCAGAAGGAAUGGCUGUUAGUGUUCCGCUAUGUGCUGCUGGUUAUUCACCUUUUAAAAGUUUUCUUUAUGGUCAGUUAAGUGGAAUGGUUGAGCCUAUAUUUGGUGUUUUGGGAGCUGUAGCAGUUGUGAUAGCGAAUCCACUUCUACCAUAUGCUUUAGCAUUUGCUGCCGGAGCAAUGAUUUAUGUUGUGGUCAAUGACAUUAUUCCUGAAGCAAAUAUAUGUGGAAAUGGCCGAGUUGCUUCGUGGGGUUGUAUGCUUGGAUUUGUUGUUAUGAUGUGCCUCGAUGUUGGUCUUGGUUAAUAAAUGAUUGUAUGACCAUAACAAUAUCAUACCCAAACUGGUUUUAAUGUAUUGUAUCUAAUCUGGUUUUUCCGCGUGGUCAUUUUCAUUUGUUAGUUCAUACACUUAUAAAUUAUAACUUAUUAAAAUAGGAGCUGUGAACUUUCAGCAACAAAAAAUAGGAAAUUUUUAUAGUUUUAUAGAAAUUUUAUUGUUUGUAGAUAUUUAUAGAAUCAUCUUGUUCUCCUAAAUUAUGUGAAUUUCAAAUCAUCAUGAAUGGAAAUUUUUAUACAAUUAUUUAUUCUCCUAAUAAUUAAAUUUGUUUAUUAGAAAAAAAUAAUAAUUUGACAA